AUGAUGAUUGCGACACAGGAAGAGGUUGUACACUUUGUCAGCUUGGGCUAUGGAGAGCUCAGGCUGGCAAAGAAGUAUGCUACCAAGCAGAUAUUGGAGAGAUUGUUCCAGACUGAGGGUGGACUUAUAAUGGUCGACCCAAAUGGUGAUGAGGUUGUACCUCAUCCCAUUGUAUCAGACAACAACAACAACAAUCUCAACAAUAUCAACAACAUCAGCUUUACCCGCAAUGUUACAAUCAAUGACGACAACAACCUGGACAAUGAUUAUGAUUAUGGUGGCAGUGGCAGUGGAGCAAGUGGCAGUCGCAGUGGCAGCAGCAGUGGAUCAGAUGAGCUAUACGAGAUUGAUAGCUCAAAGACAUAUACUAUCGUGUCAGAGAUCGACCUGCUGUCUGAUACAGAGGACGACGGUGAUGAUGAUUUGGACGACGAGCAAGACUUUGAGAAUGAGCACGAUUGUGAGCACAACCAUGAUGACGAUGACGAUGAAGAGAGUGUAGAGCUCGAGUGUGACGACCUGGCCGACACCAACGACUCCAACGCCGACGACAUCAUCAAGACAACUACCCAACCCGAGCAAGCAGACGACCAACACGAACAAUCAAUCAUUCACAGCAACCACAAUCACACUCACAAUCACAACAACAAUCACAACAACAAUCACAAUCACAAUCACAAUGAUCAAUGCCCCGACGACUGCACAGACAAUGGACAUCAACAACAAAUUCAGAAGCUGUUGCGCAUGCGCGAGGAAAGGAUCAAUUUGAUCAAGACCAACUACCGUCCACUUCACCCAGAGCUGUUUACAUUCACCGAGGACUUCCUGGAUGAGGCCUUCCUUGGCGCAUCCCGUGAAUACUCAAAGACCCAAGACCCUGCAUCCCUCUUCACAGCCAUCACCAAGCUCACAGACACUGGAAUCUACUCACUAAAGGUCUUCAAGGAGGACUUCUGUCUGAAGUUGUUAAACGAAAUAGAUAACUUUAGAAACAGCGGCCUGCCUACGGCCAGACCAAACUCAAUGAACAACUACGGCGUUAUCCUGGACGAGAUUGGCUUCACAUCGUUCUUUACUCAGUUCCGCGACCAAUAUCUGCGUCCAUUCACCUCGGUCCUCUACCCAAGAUACAACGGCGCCGAGCUGGACAGUCACCACGCAUUCAUCGUACAGUACAAGAUUGACAAGGACAAGGAGCUGGGCUUCCACUACGACGAGUCGGACGUCACGCUGAAUCUGUGUCUCGGUCGCCAGUUUACUGGCGGCUCACUGUACUUCCGUGGCAUCCUGGACCAGCCCGACACCCACCAAGAGUACUUUGAGUUCCAGCACAAGCCUGGCACUGCACUGCUUCACGUUGGAUCCCACCGUCAUGGUGCCAAUGGACUGACUAGUGGCGAGAGGUCGAACCUCAUCAUGUGGUUAAAGAAGACCUCUGGCAACUCAAACAUCUAU